UAUAUAUAUAUAUAUUUAUAUUUAUACAUAAACGUGAUAAUUAUACAUACACAUAGCAUUCCUCCUCUCCGCGCGUCACAUACGUCGAGCAAUUAUACACGCGUGUGUUUGCGAAUUUUAAAUUGUAAAACGAGGUGUUUACCAUUUUUUUUUUCUUCCGUCGAGACCGAUAAAUCGAUGUCAAGCAAAUAACGACAGGUAAUAUAACGUGUGUGUGUGUGUACAGCGCGUUAUAUUUACUUACAGAUAUACUACCUAUUCGUCUUCGUUCGUCAUAUACGACCGCGGCGGUUGUGCGAUGAUCAUAUUAUUGCCAUUAUUAUUAUGACAACUGCAGUAAUUAUGUACGUGGAGACUUCAUUAAAGGCAGAUUAAUGUUGAAAGAAAACACUGGUGACGUCCUCUUAGUACCGAUCGUUGUCACCACUACUGAUGUACAGGAUUUCGAUUUUUCAAUUCCGAUUUUUAAAACAUGGUACGAAUUGUACGCAAAGUACACUGUCAAUCGGGCUACUUCACUGUCGUAUUUGGUGACUUGGAGUCCGGAAGUUUGGGCAGCGUUUUUGUUGACGAUGUUCGUGAUCGUCGUGUGCAUGUGGUUGGUCGCGAAAAUCAGACAUUUUAUUCCGCCGGUGGAUGACGUACCUGUGGUACAACCGCAGAGGUGGCAGCGACCGGCUACCGAUUCUCCUAACCUAAUAUCCUAUUUCUUCAUCGUAUGGGGGUCGAUUUGCAGUCAAGGACUUCACACCGUCAACACCAACGCCUGUUCCGUGCGCGUUGUAUCCUGGGUCACGUUACUGUUCGGGCUGUGCAUCAGCACGUCGUACUCAGCCGUGCUGUUUUCCCGGUUGGCUGUUGACAAAUCUGACCUGGCCAUCCCGUCGUUGGAAUCGCUGUCCAGGCUGCGAACACACGUGGUGUGCGUGCGGCGCAACAGCUUUGGAUACUUGCUGUUUAAAGCGAACGAGACGGAUACGUUUUUAAUGGAACGGUGGCUGGGAGUGGUGAACGUUCCACCGUGCCCCCAGUACGAGUACGGCGAUAUCGAGGUGAUGGCCAAAUCGGUGUGCAGUGAUCAAGCUCUGUUGGUUUUGGAAACACCAAUGGUGAUGGCCAGGGCUAUGAGCCACCAUGAUGGGUGUCGAGUGAUGUCAGUGGCCGGUCGUCAUGCGGUAGCUUACGCGUCAGUGCUGACGGUCAAGGGAUCGCCAUACACACCCAUGAUUAAUGAGAUAAUGGUGUCGCUGCUCACCAACGGCGUGGUGGACUACUUGCAAAAGAAAUGGCUGUCUAGGCAGUUUCGUGACUGGACGUUCACUGAAGCCGACAGCAUCGGAGUGACCAUCGGACACGUACGUGGACUGCUGAUCGUCCUCGGCUUAUCUGUCGUUGUCGCCACUGCCGUCAUGCUCAUCGAACUGGCCAUCGCUGGAUCUAAGCGAUCAGUGAAUACAAUCCCAUUUCGUAAGGUUCAUCGCAACAGCCAAGACAGCUUUCAUGUAACUGCUAAUGGUAUCCGUUGGCGCAAAUAUCGUGAGCGCUAAGUGUGCUAUUUAUAUUAUAGCUCCCUGAAUUCUAUAAACCCAAUUCAAGUUAAUAAACGUAAUUGGUGGACAACUCGAGCUUCAUUACACGGCAACCAAACAUACAGGUUGCAAAGAUGAGUAUAGGUGUGAGGGAGAGAUUGACUCCCGCCGAGUAGCGACACGAGACCACUUAAUGUUAUACUUUUAAAAAUAAUUCGUACCUAAAUAUCUUCAGUCUAUGUCGACAAAUAUUUAUAAAACAUAGUCAUUGUUAUUACAUAUAAAAUAAUAUACAAAUCAUAAGCAAACCAUAUCUAGAACUAUUUUAAAGAUCUGGCCAAGAACACUUUUAAAAAAAAAAAGUUACUUUUAAUUAAAUUCAAAAUCGAAGUUUUGGCCAUGGCAGUUUUUCCGUAAAUAUAGGUUACGUAUACAGUAAAUGCAAAACUUUAACAGUGAACACUCAUCACUAUUUUAAAAGUACCAACUUUUUUUAACACUUUUUCUAGACAAACAAUUUUAAUGUAUUAUAAAAUAUUUCCCUUAA